CAGGGCGUUUCCACCAAUGGGCGCGGCGUGCGGCGCGGAGGGGGCGGGGUCAGCGCGGGGGGCGUGCCCGCGGCUUCCAGAGAGUUCGGAGACGGCGGCGGAGCGGCGGCGGCGCACGUCACAGCACGGGAAGAUGGUGAAGGAGACGGGCUACUACGACCUGCUGGGCGUGCGGCCGGGCGCCAGCCUGGACGAGAUCAAGCGGGCAUACCGGCGCCUGGCACUGCGCUACCACCCCGACAAGAACCCCAGCGAGGGCGAGCGGGUAGGUGCAGCCCCCCAGCACCCCCCCAAGGCCAGCCUGGCCCCCCUGACCCCCCUCUCCCCUCCGCAGUUCAAGCAGAUCUCCCAGGCCUACGAGGUGCUGUCGGACGCCCACAAACGGGCGCUCUACGACCGCGGCGGCGAGCGGGCCAUGAAGGAAGGUGGCCUGGGUGGCCGCGGGGGUGGCAGUGGCUUCGGCUCCCCCAUGGACAUCUUCGACCUCUUCUUUGGAGGGGGAGUGAGGAUGCGUGGCCGGGCAGACAGGAGAGGGAAGACAGUGGUGCACCAGCUCUCGGUGUCGCUGGAGGAUCUGUACAACGGCUCCACACGCAAGCUGUCCCUGCAGAAAAACAUCAUCUGCCGCAAGUGUGGAGGCUGCGGGGUGCGGGAGGGCGCCCAGAGAAGGUGCCCCAAGUGCCACGGCUCGGGCAUGGAGGUUCGCAUCCACCAGCUGGGGCCUAGCAUGAUCCAGCAGAUCCAGACCGUGUGCUCCCAGUGCCAGGGCCAGGGCGAGUGGAUCCGGCCCCGGGACUGCUGCCUCACCUGCAACGGCCGCAAGGUGGUGCGGGAGAAGAAGAUCCUCAGCGUGCACCUGGAUAAAGGCAUGAAGGACGGGCAGAAAAUCACCUUCCACGAGGAAGGGGACCAGGUGCCCGGCCUGGAGCCCGGGGACAUCAUCAUUGUCCUGGAUCAGAAGGAACAUCCUGUUUUCCGGCGCAGCGGCGACGACCUCAUUGUCAGGAGGGAGAUCAGCCUGGCAGACGCCCUGUGUGGGUGCAGGCAGGUGAUCCACACCCUGGACAACCGCACCCUGCUCGUGUCCUCCCCGCCAGGUGACGUGAUCCGGCCUGGGGACCUGAAGUGCAUCCCCAACGAGGGCAUGCCAGUCUACAGGAGCCCCUUCCAGAAGGGAAAGCUCAUCCUGCAGUUCGAGGUGAAGUUCCCCGAGCCCGGCUGGCUCCCCACGGAUCGCCUGCGGCAGCUGCAAGCCUUCUUCCCGCCGCAGGAGGAGGUGAUGGCCACGGAGGACACGGAGGAGGUGGAGCUCAGCGAUUACAGCGCUCACGGUGGGCCGGGCCGGCGGCCCUACACCGGGGAAGCCUAUCACGAGGAUGACUUCGAGGACGGGAUGAGGCAGCACGUUCAGUGCCAGACCUCAUAGCGGGGAGGGGAGCCCGGAGCCCCCUCCCCGGGGGCGGGGGCAGGGCCGGGGCUGGCGGAGCCACCACGUUCAGGGAUGUACAUAGGGUCGCCUUUCCGACAGCACUUCACCUCCCCCGGCCCCCCGGGAGCCGGCAGAGCCCCCCUGCCCUGCCGGGUGAAGCCCCUGCCCUGCCGGGUGAGGCCCCUGCCCUGCCUCCAGCGCCGGGGCUGCCGCGGGCAGGGGGCUUGGGGGGCCGGUGGGCACUGGAGAGGAGGAGGAGGGGGUACCCGCUGCCCCUGCCUCAGUUUCCCCAUCGGCCGUGGUGGGGUUAAGCUUGUGCUGGAGGCAGUGUGGGGAGGAGGAGAAGUGCCCAGCCCCUCUGGGGAUGCCCCACUCCCAGCCCCACACUGGGGGGGUCCUGCUGCCCGGGCCCCCAGCUCCUUGCUUUGCCCGUUUCUUUCCUUACUGGAGCCUGGGAUGCAGAGGGGGUGGCUCUUUUCUCUUUGCACAGGACAGGAGGGGUUGGGGUGGACCCGUCCCUUCCCUUUAAUUUAUUUUUGGAAGAAUUUUAGAAGUUUUUCUUUUUUUGUUUUUUUUUGGGGGAGGGGGGGGUGGUGACUUUGUACUUGGCAUUAAACGCGAAUCCCGA